AUGGACCUAUGUAUACCUACUAGAGAGAAGAGCAGGUCUCUCAAACGAGCUGGAACGAUUCUGCUACAAAAGCCGUCUUCUGAGAUGCCACUGCGAGGUCCAGUGAAAGCGGCCCACUCCUGUAUCAAAAAUGAAUAUCGUCUUCUCCUGCAGUUCUCGAUGAACCCUCUACUCGCUCACGUUGUGAGCUCACGCGAUGAGAUGGCGGAAUGCAAAGAAAUAUGGAUCGAUCUCAAGGAUCGGGAGCAGAUGCAAUUCGUCUGGCGCCAAUUCAACACGCCUCUCGAGGUACAUGAGCUUGUAGGACCAGAAAGAUUUGAUGCUUCCUCGCCAAAGUAUCAGAUGCCUUUCUUCUGGACGAGUACCGGUGUACCUGCGACACCAUCUUGGGCAAUGCUUGUAUGUUUAAUCGAAUGCGGAUUCGGAUUAUUCUGCUAUACUUUAAAUGUUUUACAUUUCCUUAUUAAUUUAUUCAAUUGUGAUGAUACUCAUCUGCCAUGGUUCGUCUUCUGCGUCACCAUAGGGCAAUACUCAAUUUUUUAUUCAUUUAAGGUACUUUUUGCCGUUGCAAUCUUGGAGCGUCGAUCUCGUCUACUGCGCGUACAACUUAUUUUUCAAUAUACUACCUGUGUAUUUUUGUUACUUGAUGCGGCGUUUGCCUUGGCUGCCGAUUUUCGGCGGAUAUCACGAAGAAGUGAGGCUUUCUUUGUUUACUUGAACAUUUACUGUCAAAAGGAUCCACCGUUGAUCCGAAUCGUCGCAGUAACGUCGUUGAUAUUUCUAUUUGUUCAACUAUAUUUACGGGCAAUGACCGUACCUGUGUAUCACUUUCUAAGAGAUAAGCGACGGUUCAGGAAAGUGCUGAUCAGUGCAAGUACUCGCUACCGGAAACGAGUCUAUUUUUCCUAUUGUUCUUUGAUGCAUGAAGAUCUCAAAAAGGAACACGAGAAG